GGGCUGCCUAAAUCUUCAUAUUGAUAAGACCGUCAAUUGAUUAGCGAAGGCCCCCGGGCCUUUUCUUGCAAGUUGAAUAGAUGGAGCUACGUCUAGUAAAAUGGCAGCCUUGGUGAAGUUUUGUCGGACGGUGCCGGUUUUUCGGCAAAUAGCAAGAGUUAACAGAGGUCUCAGCUAUUUGGCAACGACAACAAAGAAACCUGUUUUUAGCAAUUAUAUACCAAAACAUAAUUUACAAGUUAUCAGAAAUGUUGUGGGGAAUGCUGCAGUUACGGAAUCAGAGCCUAGAUAUCAAGAAUCUACAGAGAAAUCUGAACUUUACUGGGAAAAAUUAAGCCAUGACUUAGAUAUUCUAACAAAUGGAUAUGAACGGGUGCUUAAAAGUCAAUAUGACAAGGUUUUAGUAGAAGCAGAAAAAAUAGAGUUUAAGAUCAGUAAAGAUAAGUGCUUGUUAUUAUUGCGAUGUACGGGUGAUUUGAUGCUUGAGUUGGAACCAAGUGCCAGAGCAGAAUUAACAGAUUCAUUAUGGGCCAAGUUUAAACAAUAUGGUAUUGAGUUAGAUCAUGUCUUCUACAAUGUUCUUUUAACUGUAUAUCUUCAAAAUGGACGUAAAUUUUCAACAGCAGAAAUACUAGGAGAAAUGCAAGAAAGAGGGUUACAACCAAACAGAGUGACGUAUCAAAGAUUUAUAGCUGGUUAUUGUGAAGAGGGUAAUAUAGAAGCUGCUACCCAAAUACUGGACCAUAUGAAGAAUGAAAACAUACCAAUCUCAGCAGGUGUCUUUCAUUCGUUUAUAAAAGGACACACACGAGCUAAUGAUCCAGAAAGUGCUAAAAAUGUCCUUAAUAUUAUGAGAGAGGUGGGAUUAGAAGUAAGCGGAGCAGCUUAUGAGGCUUUAUUGCGUGGUUUAAUCGAACUCAAAGAUUUUGAUGGCGUAAGAGAGGUUUUAAAAGAAGCUCAAGGAGUGUCGAUGUCUCCAAAUCAAGUUAUUUCUCUUUUAAUUUUGUUAACAAAAAAUGGAUAUACAGAUCUCAAUGAGGAGUUAUAUGAAAUGUUAGGAAGAAUGGGUUUUAUGAAUCAGACAGCUAUAAAUCAACUGAAUGAAAUAUUGGCGCUGGGAUAUGAUGAUGUUGCUCACCAGAUUGUAGAUAAAACAUUGAAUUCAGUGAAUCCACGUCAACAACAUUACAUUUCCAGGGACUUUCUGCUUUUCCUUGCCGCAAAUAAUCGACCUGUAGAUAAAGUCUAUGAAAUGGUGAAUGAUUUAAAAGAGGAUGUAAGAGACGUAGCCAAAAAUGCUUUCAUUUUGGAAAAUCCAGAUUAUGCCUGUGAUAUUCUACAGAAAUGUGCAGAUGAGGGUAUUCCCGUACCACCCCAUUGUUAUAUACCAGCUCUUGUUCAAUAUCGAAACCAAAACAAUAAAGAAAAAUUAAUUGAAACUAUGAAGAAAAUAAAAAAUUCACCUGGUCUAGAUAAUACUGAACUGAUCAACAUAUUACUUACAUUUUUCACACCAGCCUUGACAUCAAUGGGGGAAGAUACGGAAUCAAUAGAAAAAAUAUCUACGGAAAUUGGAUUAUCAAAAGAAAUGGGUACAGCUUUAGGAUUACAUAUCCUGGCAGCAAGUGGUUUCGCAGAUGCUGUUCAAUACUUUUCAGAUAAAACUUUACAUCCCUUUCAACUUUCUAAUGUACAAGAUGUCUUCAUAAAUAAAUUACAAGCCGAGCAUGAUUGGGAAAAUGCUCUUAAGUUCUCAAAAAUAUGUCAUGAACAAAUGGGAUUGCAGACAUUUAAUUUUAAUAGAUCUAUAAUCCGUGAUUUAAUGUAUUUCUGUAAUGUACGAUUAGAUUGGUCAAAGGCUGAAGAGUUUCUAGACAAUAAUGAGAAACAGAUAAGGCUUUUACCUAAUGGUUUUAGAACUUUAUCAUUUGAUAAUGUACCAAGUCCCAUUGUACAGAGAAUAUCUAAAAUGGUUAUUGCCGAUGGUUACCGGGACAAAUUAUCACCCGACGGUGAGGAUGGAGCAGAAAUGUUAAGAAAAAUGUGUGAUAUGGCAGUGAAGUCAAAUGAUCUGGAGAAAGCUUUAGAAUUUUACACCAAAAUAGAAGACAAGUAUCCAGAAUAUGCCUUUUACUAUUUGACUGCAUUGAAUAUGGCAGCCUUAUACAUAGAGAAUGGCAGAGCACAAGAGGCUAUUGAUUUGUUAAAGAAUUACGCAUCACGACAUUCAUCUUACCUGAAACAGAGAGGAUUUGAUAGUACAAAUAACAAUUUAGCAUACAGGUGUCGAUAUGUAAAAAAUGAAGCUUCAAGGAAGUGUCCCGAGUCAGUUGAUGAAAUAUUAAAGACAUUGUUAUCAUGUGGUUUCAUCAACGAAAAUAGAUUUUACGAUGCACAUAAAUAUGAUAUGGUUGAUCUAGACACACAAAGUGAUGAUGAUGUUUUUGAAUUGUUAGAAGAAAUGAUAACAAAGUAUAGCAAUAAUUUUGACAUAAAUCAUUUUAUUGCAAGAUUUGUUAAAUCUGAACAACCAGAUCAGCUACAGAAAGUUAUAGACAUGGCGGUACCAGUUUUUACAGAAGACACCAUUUUAUCAAACCUUGUUGUUAACUUUAUGAUUCAUGGACAUCCUAAAAAGGCUUUGAAAAUAUUUGAGUCUUCAAAUCGUCAAUUAGCUCCUCAAGUUUGUGAUUUGUUUAUAUUUUAUGAUAAGUUAAAUGUACUGGAACAAUUUGCAGAACUAACUAAAGACAGUGAUAAAAAACAGAGAGAUGAAAUAUUAUUUGGACUCAUUCGUGGUUAUGCAAAAGUGAAAUCAGUGAACAAAGCAUUAGAUGUGUUAGUACAGUAUGAAGAAGAAAAUACUGUACCAAAGGACAAAACACUGCGAUAUUUAGCUAAAGUUUGUGAGACAGCUGGCAUUAAUGUUCCGUUUGAAGUGCCUGCAAUUGUAAAUACACCUGGAAAUGUAAGAAAUGAAACUAGAGUGGAUAACAGACGAAAACUGACGCAAAUUGAUCUCAAAUUUCCUGAAGUAUUAGAUUUAGUUCAAUCGGAAGAUGUGGAGAAAAUAAUGGAGGCUAAAGCAAAGGUAGAUGCUGAUCAAAAUGAAAAUGCAGCAGUAUUUUUACCUGAGGUUUUGAAUGUAAUUGGAAAAAAUGAGAAAGGCCAUAAGGUAUUAACUUACCUGAGACAAAACCAGAAAGUUGACGAUUUAUUAUCCAUUUUAAACACAUCUUACCCCAUAUCACAAGCUAUUAAAACUACAGCUAAAAAAGUUUAUUUUGGUACUCUACAAGAUAUGUCUGAAAAUGCAAAAAUAGAAGAAUUGGUAGAAAAAAAUAAAGAAGAUAUAAAUAAUUAUUUGUCUGUAAACAUCUUAAAAAAAUUAAAAGAAGACAAUCCAGAUUUAUUUUCUAAAGUGGAAUCAAUUGUUUUGUCCAAUCCUUCAAGUGGAAUGAAUUCGUUGUUAGCUUAUUACAUAGUUUCUGAUUAUGAUAAAGCGAAAGACUUGUUACAGAAAGAACCUGGAUCAGUAGCAGGAAUAAAAAAAAAAUCUAUGUUAAAUUUAGCCAGAGUUGAGAAAAAGGAGGAAAUAUUUGACAGGAUAAUAGAUAUAACACGCCAGUUCAAUAAAACAAGUUUAUUUUACAUUUAUAGUCAUUAUAUAGAUAUGUGUGUAAAAGGAGGAGAUCUUGAUACUGUUUUAAAUAUUAUUAAAAAGAUGGAAGCUGAUAACUUAAGUCCACAAGAUAUGCAUGAAGUAAUGUUUAAUCGUUUAGAGGUAGCAUUUAAAGAAAAUAAUAGACUUUUACCUUGGCAGUCAAAUGCAGGUGAUACAAGUUCUGAUAGUUCAGAUUCCGAUUCUGAUUCAGAUGUUAAAAAACCCAAAUAAGACUGUUGUUAGUGAUAAAUUAUAUUUGCUUUAUAUGAAGUAUGUUAGAAAGAAUGUUUGUUUCAUUCAGCUAUCUGAAUCAUCUUAUUGAUCGUGUCAUAAGAGUCAGCUAUCAUGUAUUUAGAGAGGCUGGUAUCUGAGUCAUGUAUUUAUAGAGAGGCCAAUAUCUGAGUCGUGUAUUUGGAGAGUCAAAAAUCUGGAUGGUGUCUUUAGAAUGAUAUAUUUUAGAGUCAGAGAACUGAGUCAUGUAAUUAGAGAGUAAACAAGAUGAAUGGUGUGUUUAGAAUAAUAUACUUUAGUCAGAUAACUGAAACAUUUAUUUUGUGUUAGCUACCGGAGUCCUUUAGUUUAGAGUCAGCUAGCUGAAUGGGGUAUGGUCAGUUCAGCUUGUUGAAUCAAUUAUAUUGGAUCAACAAUCUAAGUCGGCUAGCUUAUUCAGUAUUUUGACUCCCCUUUCUGAAAAGUAUAUUUUAUAGUCAGCUAGCAGAGUCCUGUAUUAUGAUUUAGCUAGCUGAGCCCUGUAUUCAGAAUCAUCUAGCGAAGUCCUGUAUUCAGAAUCAGCUCACUGAGUCAUGUAUUCAGAGACAACUAGAUGAGUCCUGUAUUCAGAAUCAGCUAGCUGAGUCCUGUAUUUAGAAUCAGCUAGCUAGUUCAUGUAUUCAAAGUUAUUUUAGAGUGUGUUAGAUGAAUCAGUAUUUUGAGUCAACUAGCUAAUUCGAUAUAUUUAUUGAGCUAGCUGUAUUGUGUAAUUUAGAAUCAGGUAGCUGAAUCAUAUAUUUUAUAGUUUUUGUUAACAAUGUGUGUGAAGAUAUAAAACUGUGCUAAUAUACAUAUAUAUAUAUAUAUACACUAGACAGGGACAUAUUUACUUGGUUACUGGACAAGUCCUAAUAUUUACCGAUCAAAUAUAUACUUUGUUUUUAAUAUUUGAAAAAAUAUACUUUUCAAGAGUUUGACUCCUAAUAUGCAAUAGUGAAUAUGAAGGUUUCCAGAAGACACUUAUUAAAAUGCUUUGCUUUUAUUAGGUCAGUGCUAGAGGUAUUUUGAAUAUGCAGUUUAUUACAUUAAUAUUCUUAUUGAAAGUGACAUUACCUCUUUAAUAAGAUCGCUUCAGUUAUGAUUAAUAGAUGUCAUGUUACUUGUAAAAGAGUUGGUUUUCAUUCCUGGAAAAAAUUUAAACAGUUUUAUACUUGGUCUAUAAACUGGGGAAACUAUCUUUCAAUUUUCCCAAUCUAAGGACGAGGAAUUUUGAAAGUUUUUUUCCUAUUGUUUAUUUUGAUUGUAUUUAAUGAAUUAUAUGCAAUCUAAUUAAUUUAUAAAUGUUUAACUAAGAUUUUACAAAUGAUUGUAUACAUACCAAAUGUUCUGAUUGUAUAAUUUUAAUUAGGUGCAUUUUAAAAACUUUUCUUUUGAAUUCAUAUGCAGUGACGUAACAUCCUUCUUUAAAAAAUCUUAGAUGUUUGUGACAAUCAUAAUGCAAGAGAGAGGGGGGGGGGGUGAUGUGAGUAGUCAUUUGAGCAUCUUUAAAAAUUUGCUCUUACAUUUAACCACAGCAUAAUUAAAAUCAUUUGCUUAAAAUCUGUCAAUUUUGAUUUAGUUAAAGGGCCAAUCCCGAUAAUAUUUUGGAGAAUAAAACUGCUUAAUUUUGUGUUAAAAUCCCUAAAACCCUCUACCUUAGGGCCGAGCAACUAGCUCAAUAUAUUUGAUAUAUUUUCAAACAACUUAAACCUGUCAGUCUUCAUCUGGAAAUGGAGACUGGUGUCCCAACUUGUAUUAUGCGGUGUCUGGAUAAAACCAGGCUUUAAUUUUAUAAAAACUAUGUGUAGGUGAAAUUUACCUUUCGUUAUCAAGUACAGCACAUGGGUCAUUCAUUGUAUAGACCUCUAAAUGAACGGGAAUCAAUUAUCAGGUCACCCAAUCAAAAAAUUGACCCGAAAUCUUAAAAGCGUUACGUGUCGGGAUAAGCAGUUUUGACGUUCACACCCAAACGACUUAAUAUUUUGAGCUGAAACUUUGAGACAAGGUAAAUACACCAUUCCUCUAUAUUUUGGCGCUUAAAUAUCAUACGUACUCAGAUUUUUAUUUUUGAGACUCUGUUCAAUUCGGGAUAGUCCCUUUAAAUAUUCUCUAAAAUGACUGGAUAUAAUUAAUCAUGGUUGAUACUAGAAAUAGAGGAAUCUAACUAUAAAAUAAUUUAUUUCCUUUAUAUGUACAAAUGUAAUAGUUGCUUAAUCAUUGUAUAAUAUAUUUGCAUGUUUUAUUAAGGAAAGGUCUGUAUAUUUGCAGUAAAAUAACCGAGGUCUCCAACCUGUUUGUCUCGGCUAGCUUAUACCAUGUAAACAGACCCUUAUAGAUAGAAGUAAUUAGGGCUAUCUGCAUCACUCUUAACUUUAGCAAAGUUGUAUUUUACUGAAAUUGUGAUUAAAAUCAAUGAUUCUGCAUUUUUUUUGUUUUGGACAAAAGCUAAUUUUUACAGCUUUAAUCCACACUAAAAUGUACUCUGAUUAUUUAACAUUUAAUUAAGAAGAUAAAACCAUGGUAGAUAAUCUCCUGGGUUUGGAUUUAGUGGGAUUAAAAAGAGGCCUAUCAAAAGAUUUUCCUCAACUGUUAUAGGUGGCACUGGCUUGUUUCAAGUGAGUUGAAAAGAGAUAAUUACUGAAAGUAAAAUGUUUUAAUUUGAAAAAUCACUGAAGUACUACACUAGUUAAAGUAAGAAUGAUGUAUUUAGCCCUGAAUGAGUGAUUGAGUUAAAGAUAUAGACAUUAUUAGUGGUUGUUUAUGAUUCGAUAAUAUUUGUUAAUAAAUCAUCUUUGGUAUUUAAA